CUACAAUGGCCUUAUUUUUAUUUCUAACUUUGUGGACUUUAGCCACCACCACCCUAGCCAUCCCACCGCCACCACCAAUCCAGUGCACCACAGGAACCACCACCGGCUGCACGCUACACAACUCCUACGGCAUAUGGGGUGACAGAAAAGAUUGUUUCGCCUCCAAAGUGGUCCACCCAACAACACAAGACCAACUGCUCUCAAUUGUAGCCAAUGCAACUAAACACAAACUUAAACUCAAAGUAGUCUCCAAGUUCUCACACACCAUACCCAAGUUCGCCUGUCCAGCCAUCGGCGACUCUUCGGUUCUUGUUAGCACUGAUAAAUACAACUCCAACAUCCAUGUUAAUGUGGAUGGACUCACUGUGACUGCGGACGCUGGAGUUGGUCUUCGGGAUUUGAUAAAUAAGGUGGAAGAUGCAGGUUUGAGCCUUGUGGCUGCACCGUAUUGGGAAGGUGUUAGUGUGGGUGGGUUGAUAAGUACCGGUUCUCACGGCAGUUCUUGGUGGGGUAAGGGUGGAGCAGUUCAUGAUCAUGUUGUUAGUAUUGAUAUGGUGGUUCCUGCAACAGAAACUGAAGGCUUUGCCAAGAUUCUUCAUUUGGAUGCAACAAAUGAGCUUCUUAAUGCAGCCAAACUUUCGUUAGGCACCUUGGGUAUCAUCUCCAAGGUAACACUUAGCUUAGAGAAAGGCUUCAAGAGAAGCAUAACCUUAAAUUUCACUGACGAUACCGGGCUGGAAGAUACAUUCACGAGUCACGCAAAAGCUCACGAGUUUGGGGACAUAACAUGGUAUCCCUCCAAGCACAUGGCUGUUUACAGGCACGAUGAUCGGGUUGCGUUAACCACCAAAGGCGACGGUACCAACGACUUCAUCGGGUUCCAGUCUAAUCUCAUCGUCGUCUCUAAAUCUACCCGAGCCAGUGAAAACACGCUGGAAAAGGCAAAAAAUGUAAAGGGAAAGUGUGCAAUGGCAAGCACGUUCAUAAGCUACAAGAAACUAGUAGCCAAUGGGUUAAGAAACAACAACCUAAUAUUCACUGGAUAUCCAGUGAUAGGACGCCAAGGCAAAAUGCAAACUUCGGGUUCAUGCUUGUACUCGGCAUCUAGUGACAUUGCAAACGCGUGCGCAUGGGAUCCACGUAUCAACGGAUUAUUCUUUUAUGAAACCACUGCCAUUUUCCAAGGUGUUGACAAGUUUAAGGACUUCAUUCGGGACGUUAAAGAGUUAAGGGACCUAAAUCCAGACAACUUUUGCGGUGUAGACAUUUACAAUGGACUUCUUAUACGCUUCAUCAAGGCAUCAACUGCGUAUUUAGGCCAACCUGUGGAUUCGGUGGUGGUUGACUUUAACUACUAUCGAGCUGACUCGGCUAUGACCCCGAGGCUAAACCAAGAUGUGAUGGAGGAGGUGGAACAAAUGGCGUUUGUAAAGUACGGGGCGAGGCCACACUGGGGUAAGAACAGGAAAGUUGCAUUUUCAAAGGUAGCGGAAAAGUAUAAAAGUUUGAACAAGUUUGUAGCAGCUAAAAAGAAAAUGGACCCACAAAAUCUAUUCUCGAGUGACUGGUCGGAUGAAGUGUUGUUUGGAAGCAAAGGGGAGAAUUUCGAUGGAUGUGCUUUGGAAGGGGAAUGUGUAUGCUCGGAGCACAGGCAUUGUAGUCCCUCAAAUGGUUAUUUUUGUCAAUAUGGGCUUGUUUAUAAAGAAGCACGUGUUUGUAGAUACUCACAGCCAUCUCAAAGUUGAUUGUUUAUUUAUAUAUGUUUUAAUUUAAUAUAAAAGACUGGUAGCUAAUCUGUUCAUUUACGGGUCACGACUCAUGUGUAAUGACUUGGUCCAGAUUGACCAAGUUACAAGGAAGUGCACGUUCGUUAGUUUACCGAUUCUUUAGUAAAUAUUAGUAUUUUAUUAUUCGCACGUUGUGA